UUAAGGUACUAAAAUUGACCUACCUUUACAAAGGGAAACGUUCGAAAAUGUACUAGGACUAGGAGUAUACCCCUGCUACCGCCUGCGCUUGCACUGAUGUUUGGACUGGGUAACAAUGGUGCAACAAAACAUCUCUUUUCCAUCAGAUUUCAGCUCUUUUACUCCACAGCUGCAGCGGGAGCGAGUUCCCGUGCCAAUGUAUUGGUGGAAUUCAUGGUGAACUCACUUGGGUUCUCAACAAAAGAAGCCAUUUCUACAAGCUCCAAGGUAACUCGUUCGAGACUCCGAAAUUAUGAGCCCCAUUUGUUACUUGAUCUCUUUCACAAAGUGGGUAUGAACAAAACCCAGAUCAAAACCCUUGUUUCUUCUUCCCCUGAAGUGUUGUUUUCUCAUAUUGAUAAAAACCUUAAACCCAAAAUUAGGGUUUUACAAGAACUUGGCUUAUCUGGGUCUGACCUUGUUACAUUUAUCAAUAAAAGCGAUUUCUUGACGAGAGGUUUACAUACUACUAUUAAACCCAGUCUUGAUUAUCUUCGGGAGUAUUUGGGCAGUUAUGAUGCUGUAGCUAGGAUUGUUAAGAAAGAGCCUAGGCUGCUUUCCAAUAAUCUCCCUAAAGUAAUACCACCCAAUAUACUAUUGUUGCAAAAUCUUGGGUUUUCGCUAGGGGAUAUUGAGACGGUUUUUAAUCGGCGUCCUAGGUAUCUGCUUAAUAACCCUGAGUGGAUUGAGAGAGUAGUAAAUCAAGCAGAAAAGAAUUUUAACGUACCUCGGGAGUCACGGAUGUUUCUUCAUGCCAUUGAAGCACUUGUGUCGCUUGAUGAAUCGAAAUUAGAAAGGAAAUUAGAUAUUUUCCGGAGUUUUGGAUGGUCUGAUUCUGAUAUCUCCGCAAUGGUGAGAAAGCUUCCUUACUGUUUGACUUCAUCAGAGGCUAAGAUAACAAGUACAUUGAAAUUUUUCAUGACCGAACUGGGGUAUGAACCUAGUUAUCUGGCUUCUCAUGCGCCACUUUUAAAGUACAGUAUGGAGAAGAGGGUCAAGCCAAGGAAUGAAAUCUUGAAGUUUCUUAAAGAAAACCAGCUAAUAAAAGGGAAACUAAGUCUUUACACUGCCGUGUCAUCUCCUGAAUCACGAUUUCGUAAGAAAUAUGUUCUUCCUUUCAAGGAGAAGAUGCCUGAGUUGUAUGAUUUAUACAUCAAAAAUACAAGCUAAAGAGAGGUCUUUACAGUGAGACAGUAGCUGCAGAGCAGUGUUUGUUUAAAAGGUUUAUUCACUUCUUGAUAAUUUUGUUCUUUCAUUUUGGUGCUCUUUUCAAGCAUGUUGCUACUUUACCUUUCAUUGUUGAUUAUACAUUUAUCAAAAAGUUACUGAGCUAUGAAAACUAGAAAUUGAGGCUAGUCUCAUUUUCAAAUCAACUGAUGUUUCUUGUUUAAUGGGAAGGAAAGCAGUGUAGAAACCAGACUUGAUGUGUAUGAAAUUGAUUAUUUGAAUACGUAUCUCAAUGAAGACCGUAAUUUGUUGUCAUAGCAA